AUGCUGCGAAUGGGUCCGUCCACGACAAACGCGGCCAAGGGCGCCACCCUCAAGAAGCAGCUGGCCUCCUCAACGGCUGCGUCCGACGACUUUCUGCUCAAUCAGCUGCAAGAUUUGGCGUCGGAUCCGUUUGCGGUAUCGUUAGAUGACGCUCCGUCAUCGGCACUGCUCCGUAAGAGGAAGAGAGACCGAGAGGAGAGUGCCAGUACCGAGCAGAACGAAGACAAGGGACAGGAGCCCACGCCCGCGUUGAACGCUAAGGACAUGCCUAAGCCCUCCAAUGCCACGCUUGUGGUCCACAUGUGCAUAUCGCAGUCUGUGAGUGGCGAUAGCGUCAAGGGCACGUCGGUCGAGGAAGCGCAGACAGUGCCACCCUCCGAGGACGACGAGUUCUGGUUUGCUGUGGCCGAGCAACAGGAAAAGAAUCAGCCUACCGGCGAUCACAUGGACACUGACACCUCGCGGCCCAACUUCACCGUCGAGUCGAAGAAGAAGUUUGAUAAGGCCGCAGUACGAGAGGCCGACACCAUGAUGUGGUUUGGUGGCGACCGCGAGGAGGAGCAGCCUGACACGCAACAAGCAAGCGUGACUGUGGCGAUGGACACCGACCUUCCGCUCGAGAAGGACGGAAGCCUUUUGUUCUACUGGCUCGAUGCCGCCGAAGAGAAGCAGGUCAAUCCGGGCGUGGUGUUCAUGUUCGGCAAGGUCUGCGUGAACAAGACGACCAACCAAUUUGCCAGCUGCUGCAUCACUGCACGCAACGUACCUCGCUCGCUCUUUGUCGUUCCCAGGCAGAAGAUGCUCGACGAUCAAAGACAGGAAACGGACACGCCAGUGACGAUGCAGGACGUUAGAGCGGAGAUUGGCUCGCUCAGGAAGGAGUACAACAUGGGACAACUCCGCAUGAAGUCCGUGCGGAGGAAGUACCCCUUCGACAAGGAGGGCGUGCCGAGGGGCGAGUCCGACUUUCUCAAGGUCAUCUGUUCUUCGUCGGUUCACCUGCCCGCUAACUUGUCUGGCCAAAGCUUCAGUCACAUCUUUGGCGCCACCACCUCGGCCACGGAGAGCCUUCUCAUCAAGCGUCAUCUCAUGGGUCCCGGAUGGCUCAAGAUCACCAACGUCGCGGAGGACAACGCCAAGCUAAGACGUGGCGUUCAACAGAUCACGUGGUGCAAGUUCGAGGGACAUGUCGAUAACAUCACCGAUAUCAAUGUCCUCACGCCCGACCAGUGCCCUGGUGGGCGCCUGCCGCGUGAACCCGCGCUUGUGGUGAUGGCCCUCCACAUCAAGUCUCAUCUCAAUACCAACGCCGGCAAGAACGAAAUCGUGAUCGCCAGCGGCAUCGUGCACACCCAAGGAAGCACGCCCAACCCAGAAUCUCAGUACCAGUGCUUUGCCAUGAUCCGUUCGCUCACGGGCCACAACUUCCCCGACAACUUCCGCAACGCGAUCCAAGCCAAGCAGCGCGGCAAGAAGCAACAGUACAUCAUCGCCCCUUCGGAGCGCAACCUGCUGGGCGGAUUGAUGGGCAAGAUUGCCGAGUACGACCCGGAUGUGAUCGUCGGUCACAACUUCCUGGGGUGGGACCUCGAUAUUCUGCUGCAUCGCAUGCAGGCCUGCAACGUCCCCUGUGCGGAAUGGUCCAAGCUCGGUCGCCUGCGGCGAUCACGGUUCCCCAAGAUGAACCAGGGCGUGGGCGGGACUGGAGACACCACCUGGCAAGAGAAGGCCGUGAUGGCGGGUCGUCUGGUGUGCGACACCUAUCACUCGGCCAAGGAGUUUGUCCGCCACAAGAACUACAGGCUGGGCGAGCUGGCCAAGGUCCAGCUGGGCAAGGACAGGCCCGAUCUGCCCAUGGACGAGGAGAACAACGUCGCGCCCUACUUCAGCAAGACUGACAUGUUGCUCACGCUGAUCAACCACUGCGGCAACGACGCCUAUCUGGCCAUCAGCCUGAUGUUCAAGAUUGAGGUGUUGCCUCUCACCAAGCACCUCACGAACGUUUGCGGCAACCUCUGGUCGCGCUCUCUGAUGGGCGCCCGUGCCGAGCGAAUCGAGUACCUGCUGCUCCACCGCUUCCACGACCAGCCCAAGCCCCACUUCAUUUGUCCCGACAGGGCGUCUCAAGAAGACGGCAAGUUCAACAAGGGCAAGCGGAAGCCGGCAUAUGAGGGUGGUCUCGUGUUGGACCCCAAGAAGGGCUUCUACGAUACCUACAUCCUGCUACUCGAUUUCAACAGUUUGUACCCGAGCAUCAUCCAGGAGUACAACAUCUGCUUCACCACCAUCGACAGAGAGGUUGUCUACGAGCUGGUGAACCGCCGCGGUGCGGUGAAGAAGCAGCUGAAGGCGGAGCGGGACGGCAGCGAGCGCUUCCAGCAGCUCAACGUCAAGCAGCUGGCCCUCAAGCUCGUCGCCAACUCCAUGUACGGUUGUCUCGGUUUCUCUCACUCCCGAUUCUUCGCCAUGGCCCUGGCCGAGCUCAUCACCCUCAAGGGAAGAGAGGCGCUCAAGACCACCAAGGAGCAGGCCGAGGGCCAGUUGAACCUCGACGUCAUCUACGGUGACACGGAUUCGAUCAUGGUCAACACCCGCAUACCGUCCGUGCCUGCACCCGAUGCCGACCCAGCCCUGCGCGAUUCGGCCAGCGUGCUGAGCCAGGUGCGCAAGAUGGGUAACGACCUGAAGAAGGUGAUCAACCAGCGCUACUCGCAUGUAGAGAUCGAUAUCGACGGUAUCUUCAAGAUGAUCCUCCUGCUGGCCAAGAAGAAGUAUGCGGCGUUGACCAUCGGCAACGAUAUCAACGACGUCAAGAAGGAGAUGAAGGGUCUCGAUCUAGUGCGACGAGAUUGGUGCGAUCUGUCCAAGGAAAUGGGCCAGCGCGUGCUCGACGAGAUCAUGUCCGGCAAGCCCCGCCAGGACGUCGUCUCCGGCAUCCACAGCUACCUCACCCACAUGGGCAGCCAGAUCAAGUCCGGCCGGAUCUCGCUGGAGAAGUUUGUGAUCACCAAGUGCCUUUCGAAGGACCCCGACGCCUAUCCCGACAAGAAGGGCCUGCCCCACGUGCAGGUGGCCCUCAAGCUUCGCCAGCAGAACCGCAAGGUGUCCGUGGGCGAGUACAUCCGCUACGUCAUCUGCAAGGGUGACGCGGUGUCUGCGGCCGAGAGGGCCUUCUCACCCGACCAAGUGGAGAAGUCCGACGGCCUGCUCGAGAUCGACAUUGACUGGUAUCUCACGCAACAGAUCCACCCGCCCCUCUCACGUUUGUGCGGACCCAUCGAAGGAACGGACCCUGCUCAAAUCGCAGAGUGCCUCGGCCUCAACCCUGCCAAGUUCCAGUCCCACGUAGCCACCGAAGGCGAUGAGCAGUCGCUUGAUUCAUUCAGCUUUGUGCCCAAGUCGCUGAUGGACGACGAUGAGAAGUUCAAGAACUGCGAGCCGCUUGUCGUGACCUGCCCGUGGUGCACCAAGGCGUUUGUCUUCCACGGUGCUGGCCUCAAGCUGCCCGGCAACCAGAAGGCCGACAAGGGCAAGGAGAAGGAAGACGAAGAGUCGCUCCUGCUUCCAUCUGGCGCCGUGCGUCCCUCCGACUUCAAGUGCGCCAAGUGUGGACAUGUGCGCUUCGAAGCCGGAAAGAUCUCCAACCUCGUGACGCUGCAGAUCAGGAAGCACAUCAAGAGGUACUACGAGCAGUGGCUGGUGUGCACGGAUCCCACCUGCCGGCUGCGCACGAGGACGGACUACAAGCUCGGCUCCAAGGGCACCAUCAAGUGCCGAGCCAAGAAGAACGGCGCCACCUGCAACAACGUCAUGAACAUCGAGUACUCGGAGAAGGACCUGCACAACCAGCUUCAGUACUACGCACGCCUGUUCGACCUGUCGAAGCUCACUGAGGAGCAAAAGCUGUCGUUCAAUAGCAACCCUGACCCGGACCGACUCGCCAAGAGCUACGAAGUGGUGAAGAAGGGGGUCGAGACGUUCGUGAGCGCAUCGGCCUACCGCUACGUCGACUUGGGCAGCUUCUUUGCUCUGACCUCGUCGUCUUCCGUGCGACACUAA